AUGGCAGAGGGGCCCGAGGAAGCCCGACGUUGCCUGCCCGGGCAAGACGACGGCGGAGGGGACCGCGAGCCAGGCCCUUCUAUGAGAAACCCUGCCGCCACCGCCGCUCCCCGCCCACAGGCCGGGCCGCAGGCUGAGCCUCAGGCCCCGGGCAAGCCCCCCGCCCCAGGCCUUGCGUCUGCUGCGGCCGUCGCCGAGGAAUCCGAGUCCGAGUCGGAGCGCGAGCCCAGGAAGCGCGAGGAGGCGGCCGCCGGUUCCGAUGCGGAGCUGCGGGAGAGGCCGGAGCGGCUGAGCGCCCGCGAGUACUCCCACCAGGUGCACGAAUGGCUUUGGCAGUCCUACUGCGGCUACCUCACCUGGCACAGCGGUCUCGCCGCCUUCCCCGCCUACUGCAACCCCCAGCUGCCCCCAGCCGCCUACCAGGCACCAGCCGCCCCCCAGCUGGCCUAUUACAACCCCUUUUACUUCCUGAGCGCCCCUGCCGCUGCGCCUGCCCCGGGGGCUGUGGCCGGGGCCGCCACACCCGCUGCUGUCGCCGGCUUGGGAGCCCGGGCAUCCCCGGUCCAGGGACCCGUGAGGGCCACCCCCGGGGCCAGGGCAGGACCCACUGCUCCUUCGCGAACCCCGAUCGAGGCUGGACGGCAGGCAGGGAGUGAGUAUGUUAUUCCAUCCUUGGCCCACAGAUUCAUGGCAGAGAUGGUGGAUUUCUUUAUUCUCUUCUUUAUAAAAGCAACCAUUGUCUUAAGCAUUAUGCACCUCAGUGGAAUAAAGGAUAUUUCUAAAUUUGCUAUGCAUUAUAUAAUAGAAGAAAUAGAUGAAGACACGUCAAUGGAAGACUUGCAGAAAAUGAUGGUUGUGGCUCUUAUAUACAGAUUAUUAGUCUGCGUCUAUGAGAUAAUUUGCAUUUGGGGAGCAGGUGGAGCUACCCCAGGGAAGUUCCUACUGGGGCUUCGAGUUGUGACAUGUGACACAUCAGUGCUCGUUGCACCAAGUCGGGUUUUAGUGAUCCCUUCCUCAAAUGUGAGCAUCACAACGUCCACCAUACGAGCUUUGAUCAAGAAUUUUUCUAUUGCUUCUUUUUUCCCUGCUUUCAUCACACUGCUGUUUUUUCAGCAUAAUCGAACAGCCUAUGACAUUGUGGCAGGAACCAUUGUGGUGAAAAGAAAUGGGGUCAGAUGA